UUCUUCUCCGCGAGCGGGGAUGUAGAGGUGGGAUUGCGAGAAUCGAAAGGUUGGAGAGCCCACACGCUCAGCUUCCGAGAAAGUACGUUUUACAAUAAUGUAUUAUUCUAUUUCCCUCUUGUUCUAUACAGACGAGGACUAUAUUACUUCAGUUGGUUUAGUGUAAGGUUGUCUUCCUUUCUUUUUUGACAUCAAUCUCUACGGUAGGCUUGGAGACGGACCGCUUGGACAGUGGGAGCCCUCCCCUCCUCUUCGUUCUGGUUUGUUUGUAGGUUGCCAGUGGAAGGAUGUGGAUGAGGGCUGAGGUUUAGACAGAGUACAAGGGCUCUAAGGCCUGCCUGUGAUUGGCUGGCCGAUUCGUCCACAGCGGGGAGGCGCCACCUCACGUGGGCUCAGAACAGACUGUGAGAACCUCUCGGCUCCCCCUCCCGCCCGCCCCCCCCAGCCCUGCACAUACUGGACCAUGUCUAGCGGACGGUCGGAGGGAAGCCGAGACCGGACAGCCGAGGCCCUGGAGCGAAGCAGCUGCAGUGAGGAUGUCCCUGUCAUGGAGCGCAGGAACCGCAGUGGCAUCAUCAGUGAGCCCCUGAGUAAGAGCCUUAAGAGGUCCCGCACCCUCUCCCAGUACACAGCAGCCUGUCCCACCAGCACUAAUGGACACGCACACCACAAUGGAGAGGCCAAGAGCCACCCGGCCAAGCCCCAGCCGCCCCCACAGCCCCAGCCCACCGUCUCAGCGCUGGCGGUAGCCAAACUGGACCGGACCCUGGAGCAGGUCCUGGAGGGACAGAACGGCCUGCUGCACUUUGCCCAGGCCGCGGUGCUGUUAAAGAGGGCUGGGAUGGAGCACAUGCUGCUGCCGGGGGGCAUGGGGAUGGGGAUGGGGGUUAGCGAUUCAGGCUCAGGGGCAAACGACUUGGAGGGUGCGUCUGCUGCGGACUCCAUUGGUGGUAUUGCAGACUUCCCGUACGGUGUGGGAGGCGGCUUCCCGUUCAAUCCGGGACUGUUCAUCAUGACACCGGCAGGCGUGUUCCUAGCCGACAGCGCUCUGCACAUGGCCGGCCUGGCCGAGUACCCGGCGCAGAGCGAGCUGGCCUCCGCCAUCAACUCCGGCAAAAAGAAGCGGAAACGCUGCGGCAUGUGCCAGCCCUGCCGUCGGCGAAUUAACUGCGAGACGUGCAGCAGCUGCCGGAACCGCAAAACGGGCCACCAGAUCUGCAAGUUCCGCAAAUGUGAUGAGCUGAAAAAGAAACCGUCUGCCACUCUGGAGGUGAUGCUUCCUACAGGAGCAGCAUUCCGAUGGUUCCAGUAAGACUCUGACCCUCCUCCACUCUAACCCUUACCUACACAAACCCAAAGCGCUGCGAUCAAGUGCAAUGCCAACUCUCGCUUGGAUUGUCUCGGGCACGGACACUGGCUGACAAGAAAACAAACAAACAACAAAUAAAAAGAUACAAAAAAAAAGCUCAACAGGAAUGAUACGAAGGAAUCAACC